AGAGAAAGAGAGAGAGAGAGAGAGAGAGAGAGAGAGAGAGAGAGAGAGAGAGAGAGAGAAAACUACAAGGUUGUAGCGUCUACGACCCAGGCCCAGCAAUCGUCGAGUCAGCAGCCGCCCCUCCAAUACCUUCCAUCUGAUCAGUGCGCGUCUAAAAGUUCUUUCCAUCGCCUCUGGGCGCAUCUGGCAACAUGGACCGACCGAAUUUUAACACUCGACGAUCCGUAGAUAGUGCACGCACCGCUACCGCUACCACUCCUGCUUCCCCUGCCGCUGCCAAUGCCGCCGCGCCUGCUUCUCCUCUCAACCCGCACUUUUCCCAAACUUCGUCAUCCUCUUCCCAUUCGACAGUAAACACCUCUGCUCCUACCGACGUUCCUCUGCGAUCGAGGCCCGGACGCUCCGUCUCGCAUUCCCUCAAUCUAUCCUCUUCUGCCAGCAGGAAGAGCCGACAUGCCGAGCCUGGAACGACCGACGCCCACUCUGCCUCUGCUAGUCUUUCCAUGCCCCCGCCCUCUUCGAUUCCUCUAAAGAGCCCGAGAACUUCUCUCUGCCGCACCCGCCGAGAAUCCAAUAACUCGCUCGAAGCCUGGAGCGAUUCCGCCUUGCAGUUUGCCGACGUCGACGAGGUCGAUAAUACCCCACGCCUCAUGUCUGGGUCUAGCCAGCAAGAUUCCACCGCCCCAUAUCGCCCCCUCCCCGAACCCGCCCUCACCUCCCGAUCAUCUUUUUCUUCCGAGUCCGACCUCAAGGACAAGCGCACAUCCGUCUCCAGCAUCUUUUCCGUCUACUCCUUGGCCUCGGCUCGCGGUGCCGCCCCAACUUCCGUCCCCGCCACCCAAUCCUCUGCUGCUUCGACGAACGGCUCCGACGGUGGCCCUUCGCGCUCCGUUUCCGGCAUCAUGUCGUCAGGAAAACCCGUCACGAAUGCCUCGCAACCCGGCGCCGAGCUCUCCAACGUCACUGUGACCACCUCCUCGAACGGUCAAAAUGCCAACGCCGCCCCAGGUGGCCAUCACCUGGCGCCGCGCGAGACCAAUACCCAUACACACCACGAAGUAAUCAAACGGCCUCCUCGUCCCGCCCAGCCAACGCGAUCCCGCAGCCGCAACAAGCGCAGGUUCAGCGGAAGCACUGGUGCAAGCAGCCACAGCCCCAGUAGCGAUCGAGGACCCUACCACAACAAGGAGAAAGAAGAGGGUCAGUCAAGAGAUACAAGCGCGCCUCGACAACGUGUACCGACAAGCUCUAAUGCACCUGCAGUCAAGCCAGCGCCUUGGGGUGUUAUUGGAGUUUGCGCGUUGGAUGUCAAGGCCCGCAGCAAGCCUAGCAGAAACAUUCUGAACCGACUCAUUGCUAACCGCGAGUUCGAUGUCGUUGUGUUUGGUGACAAGGUCAUUUUGGACGAAGGUAAGCCGCCGUUUAGCCCAAUGGAGAGGAGGAACCCGAGCUCGGAGCGGAUUCGAAAUCCAGAAGGUGCAUGACGUCGAAAAACUUUUGCUAACCGUUGCAUUCACU